CCGCGCCGCGCGGACACCGGGCGGUGGAAGAAGGAGCAGUUCCGCCGCCCUUCGCUUUUUUUGUUGGUUUGCAGCUCUUUCGGAAUCAUGGCGCCGUCGCUGUGGAAGGGGCUGGUGGGCGUUGGCCUCUUUGCCCUAGCCCACGCCGCCUUUUCUGCUGCUCAGCAUCGUUCUUAUAUGCGAUUAACAGAAAAGGAAGAUGAAUCACUGCCAAUAGACAUAGUUCUUCAGACACUUCUGGCCUUUGCAGUUACCUGUUAUGGUAUAGUUCAUAUUGCAGGGGAGUUUAAAGACAUGGAUGCCACUUCAGAACUAAAAAAUAAGACAUUUGACACAUUAAGGAAUCACCCAUCCUUUUAUGUAUUUAAUCAUCGUGGUCGAGUACUGUUCCGGCCUUCAGAUACAUCAAAUUCUUCAAACCAAGAUGCAUUGUCCUCUAACACAUCAUUGAAGUUACGCAAACUCGAAUCACUGCGUCGUUAAGAUUUUUACAAAUUAUAAUAAUAGGACAGGACACGGAGCUGGAAUAUUGGAGUUUGGGGUAUAAAGCACUCCCCUCAUCAGUAUUUAUACUGAUUUUUCAGACCUAAUUAAAAAAAAAAACUAUGGCACUUAUUUAUAUACAGUUAAUCAAUUAAUCAAUGGAGUUUACAUUAUCCAUGAAAUGAAUUUUUGGUAUAUCACAUAGAGAAUUUUUUUCAUUUAAAUCAAUUUACGUCUUUUGUAAAACCCACUGUUUUGAGCACAUUUUCUUAGAAAAUGUUGGUUUUUGCGAUUAUUUAUUUUCUUAGAUUUCUUUCCUUUUGCACUACAGUUUUUGGAAUUCUUUAUACUGUGUGACUACUGCAUUUUGCAGCAUGAAUUGUAGCAAAAUGGUCUUUACUUCUCAACAUACGAAUUUUCCUAAUGAGACCAAAAUGGUGAUUUAUCAGUUUUUCUUGUAUCUCCUUAAAAAGUGGCUCUGCUUCAGCAGAUACUUGCCAGCUUUUAAUUUUAUCCAUGACUUCUCACCCUACCCCACUCCUAUAUAAAUUCUAACAUCAGCUGUCUUGUUUCAGUACUUCCGAGGUUCUGUAUAGUGAGCAAUUUUGUGUCAGAAAUUCUUGGUCGUGACAAAUAUACUUAACAAGCUCAACUUGAUGUAAAGCUACAUGUAUUCUCUUUAUUUAUCUAUAAAAUUUUUCCCUGAUUGAUUAUGUAGUGUAAAAAUAGUGGGAGAUAAACCAAAAAGACCAUUCGUGAUUUCAUUAUCCUGCCUAUGUAAAAGAAUAAUAAUCACUGAGAAGAACUGAUUACUUGUCUGUCAUUAACUAGUAUAACUUAUUCAAAGUCUCUAUUUCUUUCAUACUGAACUAGUGUUAAUGAAAAUAAGGAAACUUCUCAUUAAUCUAAAGACAGACUUCAAAGGAACUGGGCCAAAUAUGUUCUAAAUAUUUGGAACUAAAUGAUAUUUUUUACUUUUUAGGAAAUUAAGGUCAUUUAGGAAGUUGGUAGUACUUAUUUGUAGCAGGCUUAGUUUCCCACCUUCACUUUAUGUUACCGAAGGUGAAGAUGAGGAUACAAAGAUGAAUUUUUUUGGAAACGGUAAUUUUACUUUUAGGAAAUUUUGGCUAGCUCUUUGAGUUAGGAAGCUACAGGUAACUCAACAUUUCUUUGUAGAGAACAUUGCUCUUGUUGAAUUGUACAGGUAUAAAAACAUUGCUUUUGUCAAAUUGUAUAGGUGUAAAGGGAAUAACUGUACACCAAUUUGAAAAGGAAAUGUGCUUUAGGCAAAAGUCAUAAAAUGGCCUUAUACCCGUACUUAAUGGCACUUAAUGGCACGUGUUAGAGAUGAACCUCAGCUCUUCUAUGCUGCCUGGUAACACGUAGCCCCAAAGCACAAGAUUGUUUUGUCAUUGGGUUUUUACUGUUGUUUAAUUUUGUUUUGCCAACACAGUCUGUCUGUGGAACACUGACUAUGGUCUCUAAUGAGAACCAAGUUAGAAAUCUGAUAACUUAAAAUGACUUAGGAAUGAAUUAAACAUAUGAAAUCAGGGGUUAAAAUGAUGACAAUGAAAAUACAUGUGAGAAACAAACUCCUCCCAUCAGGCUUGUCUACCAUUUCCUCAGGUAUGACUUGAUUGUAGAGAGCCUCUUGUUUGCUGUUGGGGAGGUUGUUUUCCUUUCCUAAUAUGUUUUUGUAACAAUGUUAAUCAAGCUGUAAUUCAUAUAGCUUGUGAUUCAUGCAAUUAAAGGGUACGAUUCAGUGGUUUUUAGAAUAUUCACAAAGUUGUGCAACCAUGACCGCAAUUUUAGAACAUUUUAUUACCCAGAAAAGAAGCCCCUUAACCCUUAGCAGUCACCUGUACUUUCCUCCCAAUGGGCUCCAGCCCCUGGGAACCACUAAUCUAUUAUAUUUAUCUCUGUAGGUUUGCCUGUUGUAGUCACUUCAGAUAAACAGAACUCUAUGUGGAGUGACAGACUCUUCUUCCUAUCAUAAGAAUGCUUAUUGCUAUGAAAGGAAGUAGUUGGUAAAAUCAAUAUACUUGAGGGAGAGCCAGAUACCUAACAGGUUUCUCAGUUUAUCUUAUGCUGAAUAAUUUCUCAAAGCCAAACAUUCAUGGUGUACUGCUCCUUAGAACAUUUUGGUUAAGCCAGAUGUGGUGGCUUGAACCUGUAAUCCUAGCUAUUCAGGAGAUUGAGGUGUGAGGAUCACUUGAGGCCAGGAGCGUGAGACCUGCCUGGGCAAUAUAGCAAGACUCCAUCUCUAAAAAACAAACAAAAAAAUAGGCUAAUCCUGCCUGGUCAGGAAAGAAAGUCCUGCUAAAAAUGAUGCCAAAUAAUUUGGCAAGUAAUUGACAUGGUGGUUGUCAAGUGUGUCUACAUUUGCUACCUGUAUAUCAGGUGAACUCAAUGUUUUUAAAUUAACUUCAGUGAAUUUCUGCUAUUUUUUUCAAGUAUGUAUCAUAGGACUAAAAGUGAUUUGGGUGUAUAUAGUCUGAUUGUAGCACUGCUAAAUGUAUUAAGUACAGAAUUUUAUUUGCAGUACUAUGAAAGUCUAUUGCUGCCUAAGGUAGUUAAAAAAUAUAAGUGAUGUGAGCUGGUUAACACUGCAGUUGACUAUGAUUUCAGUGACAUUCAGAAGUGUUUACGAGUUGGAGCUCUCUAAAAUAUGGGAGGAUUCACUUUUAACCAAGGAACUAGCCAAAUAGUAUGGGCGAAUGGCCCAGCUGCAAAAAACACAGAUCAGUGAAUUAUCGGUACUAUUAUGCUUUGUACCUCCCCAAUGAGUGUUUCCUAAGCAUUGUGGCUUUUUUUUCUCUGAGUGGCAUGACAGCAUCUUCCUGGUUGUAUGUGGCCUGUUUCCAUGAUGUAUUGACUAGUGUUGUUUGUUGUGAACAUUGAUGCCUGUAACACAAAGCUAAACAUGUUUUUUUGGAAAUGUUUCUUCUCUAAAUGACCUUGCUCUGUCCAAUAAAUAAAUGAUUGUCUCACCCUG